ACGAGAUUUCAUCCACCGUCACGAUGGUUUACGAAGUGAAAGAUUACAAUGACUUCACUCAGCAGCUGAAGAGAGCUGGAAACAAACUGGUGGUGGUGGACUUCACAGCGACAUGGUGCCAACCCUGCAAAAACAUAUCUCCCGUGUUUGAAGAACUGGCAAAUCAGUAUAAGAACGUGGUUUUCCUGAAGGUGGAUGUAGAUGAGGCUGACGACGUCAGUACAGAAUGUGAAAUCAACUGCAUGCCCACAUUCCUCUUUUAUAGGAACGAAAAGCGGGUGCACUCCUUUUCAGGUGCAAACUCGGACACACUGAGGGCUGCAGUGAAGCAGUAUGAAAAAGAAUAAAUCCCCAAAUGGGUCCACGUUCUACAGCAAACCUGUUAGUCUCUGUCCAUAACUCAUCUAGUCUUUCAUUAUGACAUACGUCCUGAGUCCAUGUCAGUGCAGACUGGUUAUCAACAUCAUGUAAUCAUCAACUUUUAACUCAAAAGACAAGGUGGAAUGAAAUAAAAUAAAGGAAAACCUUA